UGUUUAUUAUUCGCCAACAAAAGAAUUCAUAGUCUUUGAUGUAUUUGAUGAUUUAGAUUUAUUGGAUUUUGAUAUAAUGGAAGAAUUAUUAAAAGAAUCAGAUUUACCUUAUUUAAAACCAUUAAUUAGAGAUAGUUAUCAAAAUAUUAUUAAGUAUGAACCAAAGUUUACUACUACUAUACCAAAAUUACUUGGUUAUCCAACUCCGCUACUACCUCUUUUCAAUGAAAAUAUAGCAGAAGGAAUUGUAAUUAAACCGAUUAAAAGCAUUCGAACUAGAAGUCGUAUUAUAAUCAAAAUUAAGCCUCCACAAUUUGAGGAACAGAUAAAAAAUCCAGAAAACUUGAAUAAAAAUGAAAAAACGCCAAUUGACAUAGUCAAAAUGAACUUAUUUGAGUUUAUUAAUAUGAAUAGAUUGAAUUCGGUAAUUUCAAAACUGGACACUAAAGAUAAAAGUGAUGAGAUGAAAUUGGCAAACUUGUUAUAUGAAAAUGCUAAGGAAGAUUUUAUGAAAGAUGAAGAAUUGAAGAAAAAAUUUUUGGAAUUAUCGGAUAGUAAUAAAGAAACGAUUAGAAAAGCUGGUGUUUCAAAGUCAAAGCAUUUUGUUAAAGAAUAUUUGAAAUCAUUAUUAAGUAGUCAAUAG